UCUGCCAUGGCUGGAGACUGCUGGGCCCCACGGUGGCCUGAGCUGCCCUUUCCUCCCCCAGGCCACCGAGAGACCGCUUCCACUCAUGCUGGUCGGGAACAAGAUUGACUUGCGCCCAGGACUGCCAGAAGCAGUAGGGGUUCACACCACGCACGGAGAGAAGCUGGCCAUGGCCUAUUCAGCCCUGUUCUGCGAGACCAGUGCUAAGGAUGGUACUAACGUGGUGGAGGCUGUGCUGCACCUAGCCCGGGAAGUGAAGAGGGCAGCAGACCUCAGCAGAGGUGACAGCACUGGACUGGACUUGAGCAUUCCUCCAAGGGCAGCUCUGAGCUGCUGCAGGACCUAGUGCAGGAGAAGAGCAAGCUGCUGGGCUUCACCACACACACAACUACCUGCUCCUACAUCUGCUGUUAUUCUACAGCACUGUCCACGCAGUUGCUGGGGAACAGGCAGCUUGCCCUGCUCCAACUUCUGGACUGGAGAUGUUUUCUCUUCUUUUGUAAGUAAACUUUCACAACUUGCUGGCUGAAGUUGCUGUCUAUGUGGAGAGGCAGCCAGGGAAGUGGUACUCUGGCCUUACUCAAAGGGGUUCCUUCUCUCUAGGCUGGGCCCUGCCCCAUGCCCAGGGCCCUACUGCCCUGUCUUGCCCUCCCUCACAUCUCCAGGGCAGGAAACAAGCAGGAUUUUGGGGGGGGAAUCAUG